AUGGAUAUCAUGCAGACUAGUGAUUCUUCACAUCAUGGAAUUGUAGAGAACAGCCCUUAUACAACUCCCUAUGAUAGACGUGUGGAAGGUGAUCAACUUGGUGCUUCGUGGUAUUUUAGUAGAAAAGAAAUAGAAGAGAAUUCCCUUUCAAGGAGAGAUGGUAUUGAUUUAAAGAAGGAGUCUUACCUUCGCAAGUCAUACUGCACUUUCCUUCAGGAUUUCGGGAUGAGGCUUAAAGUGCCCCAAGUAACAAUUGCUACAGCUAUAGUAUUUUGUCAUCGUUUUUUCCUUCGUCAAUCUCAUGCCAAAAAUGACAGACAGACAAUAGCCACAGUUUGCAUGUUCUUGGCGGGUAAAGUUGAAGAAACACCUAGACCCCUGAAGGAUGUCGUACUCAUCUCUUAUGAGAUCAUCCACAAAAAGGAUCCUGCUGCAGUCGCCCGAAUUAAGCAGAAGGAAGUGUAUGAACAACAGAAGGAACUUCUUUUGAUCGGGGAGCGCCUUGUGCUUGUAACACUUGGUUUUGACAUGAAUGUGCACCACCCUUACAAGCCUUUGGUUGAAGCAAUAAAAAAAUUCAAGGUUGCUCAAAAUGCACUUGCUCAAGUUGCCUGGAAUUUUGUCAAUGAUGGGCUACGCACUUCACUUUGCCUGCAAUUUAAGCCCCAUCAUAUUGCUGCCGGCGCAAUCUUCCUUGCUGCAAAGUUCCUCAAAGUCAAGCUUCCAGCAGACGGGGAAAAGGUCUGGUGGCAAGAGUUUGAUGUAACUCCACGUCAGUUGGAAGAGGUUAGCAACCAAAUGUUGGAGCUCUACGAGCAGAACCGUGUUGGACCACCACCUUCACAAGGGAAUGACACCGAAGGCAGCUCUGCAAGUGUGGUUAAUCAGCGUGCUCCUGUGAAAUCUGAGGAGCCUCCUGCCCAUGAAACUCAUCAAGCACCUAGACAGUCGAGCGUACCAGGCCGUCAUGGGCAUGACCACCCUCAGCCUGAAAAGCAGAACUCAAACCAGAGGAUACCCAAGAGUGAAGCAAGGGAUGGCACUACCAACAGCAAUGAAGGCACAAAUAUGUCCUCAUCAAUGAUGGAUGCGAUGAAAAAGAUAGAUAAGGAUAAGGUGAAAGCUGCGCUGGAGAAACGGAGGAAGUCGAAAGGCGAUGCUGGUAGGAAAGUGGACGUCAUGGAUGAUGAUGACCUGAUUGAGAGGGAGCUGGAACAUGGCGUGGAGUUGGCUGCCGAGGACGAGAAAAAACACGACAGAAGGCAGAGCUGGCCCCACCCCGCGCACCGGGAGGAUCACCAGAACACGGCUCGCAAGGCGGAGAACACCGAAGAGGGCGAGCUGUCCCUGGAUGGCCAGGAAUACCGCUCUCCUGGCCCCGACAACCGGAAGAGGAAGGACGCGCACGAGCACAGGAGCAAUGACCGCAGCGCCGAGAGAGACAUCAAGAGGCCGAGGCCAUGA